GAACAGAGUAAGAAAAACGAAACCGAGGAUGAAGAUGAAGCUGAAGCUGAAGGCCAUAGAAGCAACUCGAGAGAGCUUCGCAGAAUACGGCCAAGUCGUGGAGGCCAUGGACGAUGGCGUCAAUUUCGGACCCCUAGACGCGCAGUUGGACCUCAGCAAUGGAACCCCUAGGUUCUACAUUCUCCACAUCGAGAAUCGCCCUUUCAAUUUCUCUAAGAUUACGCAUCACGCAAAAGUGACGCAGUGCCUUGGAUCGGUGGAUAGGCAAUCUUGGUAUCUUGGAGUUGCCAAGCCAUCGAUUGUUGCUGAUGGUGAUGAUGCUAACGAGAGAUCUGUAAGAUCGGGUUGUGGCCAUUUGUUUGUGCCUCCCUCUGUUGAUGAGAUCCGAGUGUUUAGAAUUUCAGGGGCUAAGUUUGUUAAGCUCCACAAAGGGACAUGGCAUGCUGGUCCUCUGUUUCGGGAAACCGCCAGAGAUUUCUACAACUUGGAGUUGAGUAACACAAAUGAGGUUGAUCAAACCACUUACAACUUUGAGAAGGAAAAUGAGGCAUUCUUCGAGGUUGAGGAUUAGAUCCAUUGUUCUCACCGAGAUUGUUUCCUCAAUGGAGACUGAAGAUUGUAAGUGGAGUUGUGAAAAUGUUGAAAUUAUGUUGUAUAAUUAGACUCAAAGAGACGAAAGAUGGUAAUGACGUUUUUGGGAGUUUUUUUUUUUUGUAAGUUGAGUGAUUAUUCAACCUUACUUUGAUGUCAAAUACUUUAGUGAAAAGUGGUUAGUGACAAAUUAUCUUAAUGUUUUAUUUUAUA